GUGAUCGCGACUCAACAGCAACACCCAGGACCACCCCUGAAACCCAGCGGCUCCCAGCACCCCGAGGGAGGGGUCCCAGUCCCCGCGGGGUCUCAGUGCCCCUGGAGGUGAUCGCCGUGGCAGACCUGCUGGCCACGUCUUUUCGAGCGCAAUCUCGGAGACGACUUCUGUCAUCGACUGAAGCAUGGGCAACGUUAGAGUGGAUGACUUCGUGGCCGGGUGGAUUGGAGGAGCCUCCAGCGUCGUGGUGGGGCAUCCCAUGGACACAGUGAAGACUCGACUGCAGGCCGCCUCUGGGUACCGAAACAUGUUCCACUGCAUAACCUCGAUCUACAGGAAGGAAUCGGCGCUGUCGUUCUUCAAGGGCAUGUCCUUCCCCCUGGCGAGCAUCGCCGCCUACAACUCGCUCGUUUUCGGGGUGUUCAGCACAUCGCGGCGACUGCUGGAGUCGCUGAGACCCCCCGUGGGCCCCGGCGUCCCGGGGUCUCACCAGCACGCCGCCACCGCCGCCGCCGCCGCCGCGCCGUCGCGCACCCCCGUGUCCGAGCUGAUGCUGGCGAGCGCACUCACGGGUGCCGUGUCCGUCAUCGUGGGGGCGCCCGUGGACCUGGUCAAGAUUCGACUGCAGAUGCAGACCCAGAAUCUGGGGAUCGGCCUGCAGCCGUGCUCGUUGUACCGGGGCCCCAUCCACUGCGUGUGGCUCACGGUGUCUCGCGGGGGGCUGCGGGGACUCUACAGAGGCGCCGGCGCGAUGCUGCUGAGGGAUGUCCCGGGCUACUGCACGUACUUCGUGCCCUACGUGCUGCUGUGCCAGUUCUUCACCCCCAGCGGGCAGCCUGAGCCCUCCAUGGGCGCGGUUUGGGUGGCAGGAGGACUGGCAGGAUCCUUGUCAUGGGGUCUGGCUACCCCCUUCGACGUGGUGAAGAGUCGCCUGCAGGCGGACGGGGUUGUGGAGACCAAGUACACGGGGGCCUGGCACUGCGCCCUGCACAGCUACCGCGCAGAGGGGCCCGGGGUGUUUCUCCGCGGUCUCACCGUGAACUUGGUCCGCGGGUUUCCAAUGAGCGCCGCCGCCUUCCUCGCCUACGAGCUCAGCCUGCGCGCCAUCCGCGACAUGGGCCAGGGGGCGGGGCUGUGACCCUCUCGGCGGGGCCGGGGGGGAGGGGGGUGCAGGU